AACCGCACGUUCGUAAGAUUUCGAAAACUUUAGAACAGAAUGGCUGAUACUGUUGCUCCCGCUGCUGCUCCGGCCGCUACUUCAGCGGCCAAGGCACCCAAGAAGACCAAGGCGCCCAAGGGAGACGCCAAGAAACCCAAGAAGCCAUCGACUCACCCACCAGUGAACGACAUGGUUUUGGCCGCUAUCAAGACCCUCAAGGAACGUAACGGAUCCUCGCUGCAGGCCAUCAAGAAGUAUAUUGCCGCUAAUUACAAAUGCGACGUUGCGAAGCUGGCUCCGUUCUUGAAGAAAGCCCUGAAAUCGGGUGUCGAGAAGGGAACGCUGGUCCAGACUAAGGGAUCUGGUGCUUCCGGUUCAUUCAAGGUUAAGGCCGAUGCAAAGAAACCAGCUGGAGAGAAGAAAGCUAAGAAACCCAAGAAGGAAACUAAAGCCAAGAAACCCGCUGGCGAGAAAAAGGUUGCCAAGAAACCAAAAGCCACCGCUGCCAAGAAAACCGGUGAAAAGAAGGCCAAGGCAGCUCCUGCCAAGGCCGCCAAAAAGGCCGCUGGAGUGAAAAAGGCUACUGCCCCCAAACAGAAAGCCACAAAGCCAUCGAAAACUGCAGCUAAGAAACCGAAAACCCCGAAACCAAAGAAGGCUGCUGCUCCGGCCAAAAAAGCUGCCCCGAAAAAAGCCGCAGCCAAGAAGUAAAUGUCCAAUCGAAUAACCAAAAUUUGGUUUAAAACAAUCAGUCCUUUUCAGGACUACAAACAA